AAUGAGAGCCCAGUUUGGGAAACAAACUCAUAUAUACACGUGAGCCCUGGCAUCGGGUCCCGUGAAGAAGACGUUUCAGCUCCCCUGAUACAUCCUGAGGAUGCCGGCCUCUGCCCUCUGAGAACGCUGAGUGGAAGCCCUCAGGCAUAUACCUUGGAGACGCUCUCCUGUCGGCACUUACACAUCCCUGUCCUUCGUGAUGGUGGCAUGCCUCCCGUUGUCCAGAUGCCGGUGCAGCUGACGACAGCUCUACGUGUGGUGGGCACAAGCCUGUUUGCCCUGGCGGUGCUUGGUGGCAUCCUGGCAGCUUAUGUGACAGGCUACCAGUUCAUCCACACAGAAAAGCACUACCUGUCCUUCGGCCUAUACGGAGCCAUCCUGGGCCUGCACCUGCUCACCCAGAGCCUGUUUGCCUUCCUGGAGCACCGGCACAUGAGGCGGGCAGGCCGGCCACUGAAGCUGCCCUCCCCACCACGGCGCUCAGUGGCACUCUGCAUUGCUGCAUACCAGGAGGACCCUGACUAUUUGCGCAAGUGUCUGCGCUCGGCCCAGCGCAUCGCCUUCCCCAACCUCAAGGUGGUCAUGGUGGUGGAUGGCAAUCGCCAGGAGGAUGCUUACAUGCUAGACAUCUUCCAUGAGGUGCUAGGCGGCACUGAGCAAGCUGGCUUCUUUGUGUGGCGUAGCAACUUCCAUGAGGCGGGUGAGGGUGAGACAGAGGCCAGCCUGCAGGAGGGCAUGGACCGUGUGCGGCAUGUGGUGCGGGCCAGCACCUUCUCAUGUAUCAUGCAGAAGUGGGGAGGCAAGCGAGAGGUCAUGUACACAGCCUUCAAGGCCCUUGGCGAUUCAGUGGACUACAUUCAGGUGUGUGACUCUGACACUGUACUGGAUCCAGCCUGCACCAUUGAGAUGCUUCGAGUCCUAGAGGAGGACCCCCAAGUAGGAGGAGUCGGGGGAGAUGUCCAAAUCCUCAACAAGUAUGAUUCAUGGAUCUCCUUCCUGAGCAGUGUGCGGUACUGGAUGGCCUUCAACGUGGAGCGCGCCUGCCAGUCCUACUUUGGCUGCGUGCAGUGUAUUAGUGGGCCUUUGGGCAUGUACCGCAAUAGCCUCCUCCAGCAAUUCCUGGAAGAUUGGUACCAUCAGAAGUUCCUCGGCAGCAAGUGCAGCUUUGGGGAUGACCGACACCUCACCAACCGCGUCCUGAGCCUUGGCUACAGGACUAAAUAUACAGCGCGCUCCAAGUGCCUCACAGAAACCCCCACCAAGUACCUCCGGUGGCUCAACCAGCAAACCCGCUGGAGCAAGUCUUACUUCCGGGAGUGGCUCUACAACUCUCUGUGGUUCCAUAAGCACCACCUCUGGAUGACCUACGAAUCAGUGGUCACGGGUUUCUUCCCCUUUUUCCUCAUUGCCACAGUCAUACAGCUUUUCUACCGUGGCCGCAUCUGGAACAUUCUUCUCUUCCUCCUGACAGUGCAGCUGGUGGGCAUUAUCAAGGCUACCUAUGCCUGCUUCCUUCGGGGCAAUGCAGAGAUGAUCUUCAUGUCCCUCUACUCCCUUCUCUAUAUGUCCAGCCUCCUGCCAGCCAAGAUCUUUGCCAUCGCUACCAUCAACAAAUCCGGCUGGGGCACCUCUGGCCGAAAAACCAUCGUGGUGAACUUCAUUGGCCUCAUCCCUGUGUCCAUCUGGGUGGCAGUCCUUCUGGGAGGCCUGGCAUAUACUGCUUAUUGCCAGGAUCUUUUCAGUGAGACGGAGCUAGCCUUCCUUGUUUCUGGGGCCGUCCUGUAUGGCUGCUACUGGGUGGCCCUCCUUAUGUUGUAUCUGGCCAUCAUUGCCCGGCGAUGUGGGAAGAAGCCAGAGCAGUAUAAUUUAGCUUUUGCUGAGGUGUGACAUAACCCUCAAGCAGAGCGGGUAAAGUGCAAUGGGUAAGGGAGGGAAGGGGAAUGGAAGAGAAAAGAUGGGGUGGGAGGGAGAAGGGAAUGCUGUUUUAGUUUCUUAAUGGUCCAAAGGACAAAUCUGAAGUGCGAAGAAAGGUGACUGUAGUAUGGCCUGGGCCGUUCUGCUCAGAGAAAACAGAUUCCAGCUCGGGAGUAGAAGAGACGUUUUCAGGCUGCAUGUCUGCUACAUGAUGGCCUCUGGGAAAGGUUCCACUCCUGCCCCAGGAUCCAGAGGGAACUCAGAAGUGUGCUAAAUCAAACAGUAAGUGGCAACUUCUGAUAGGUAAGUGAGCAAUUCCAGCUUGUGGGAAGGGGUUCUUAGCCCAGUUGAACACAACCAGACGGGGUAGAAUUUGAGAUUUGGGUCAGCUAGUAAUGUCUUCCCCCCUCAACCUAGUAAUCAAUGCAAUAAGAUCGUGCCUGAGAUACAAGGCCCAGAAGCUUGAUUUCUGGGCAUCAGAAAACAGGGUACAGGAAUGGUGCUUUAUUAUGUGAUGUACCCCAUUCCACAUCUCCACAUCCCAAGGAUGAGCCAAAAUAGCAGGGAGUUAGCAUUGAACUGCUUUUAAGUGUACAUAGAUGUGAAUGUUAAAAAGGAGUUUGCCAGGAGGAACAAAGAUUGCUGGUGGUGCUCAAGGCCAUGCUAUAUGGAGGCCUAUAUGUAUUCCACCUGGAAACUGCCCAGAUGUCUAGAUGAGCUUGUCUGUGAUCUCUGCUGGGAAGAUAAAAUGUUUUGGUCAUCUACCAGGUAUAUUUAAACCCCAACAUACUAAGGAAGUGAGGGUUCGGUACUUCAACCUGUAUACUCCUGAAUUCCUCUCAAAUUCAGCUGAGUCCUAAGACAGCCUCCUCACUUUGCUUUCAAGGUGAUGUAGUCACCUCUUUGCCCUCAUCGGGUAAGUUUCUAAGGGGGCAAGUGAAGUCGACUCUCACAGGCUCCUCUGUAAUAGGCAAGCCUGCCCUCAGCACAUGAGGGCAAACCUGUACUAUGAGCCUCUGCCCAGAUUGGCUACCAUCUUGGAACUGCUUGGGACAGAUUCCUUGGCAGCUGGGUAGCAUGCAUGACUUACAGGUUACAAUUUUUGGACAAUCAUCUCCAGUGGAAAGCUUUUCAAUGUUCCCUAAGUGAACUCUCAAAUCCAAGCUGGUCAUCUUUGAGACUCAAUUCUCCUCAGUGGCUUCUCCAGGGAAUUCUUAUAGCCAAGCUGUGGAUAGUCACUGCUACAUUUGCUUCUUUCCAGAAACCAAACUAGGAAAUGGAAUUGAUUCCUAAAUCCUAAGGUUCUUGCUUUCUCAGACCUCUUGAGGCUGUUUUAUUUCCUUCUGCUUUUUUUGUGUGUGGGGGUGGUGGUGGUGGUGGUGGUGGAAUGAAGGCAGGCCAUUUUUCUAGGCAUUGGCAACCCACAGACUAUUCUCCACUCUUGGGUUUGAAACCUGGGAUCUUGACAAAGCCUCUGACUUAUGGGUUGCUUGCUUGUGCAUGCUUUCUCCAAACGUCCAUUCUCAGAGGGUUCAGCUAAUGCCUCAGAACCAGAACUAAGGCUGAGAGAAGUUGAGGGUACAAGCCUCUAGUGUGCCCAGGUGCUUCCUACAAAGGAACACAGUGUGCUCUGAGCCACAGAUUGGCAAACCCUGGUGCUUUCCUUCAUCUCCCAUGAACUCAAGGGUUUUCCAAGUGCAGCCAACACUGCUGCAUCCCAGACCUCAAGUUUCUGAUAAGACUGCUGGGUGAUGUUGGGCCCAAUCCAUGAAGGCUAGAAGAGGCAGCAGGCAUUUACUAAAGGCAGUUGGUUCCAGGCUCUUCCGUGCUUUUGCUGGCCAAGAAGUAAACUAUUUUGAGCACUACAAUGGAGGAAAUCCGGUCAGCCAACUGCAGAGCUCGGACUUCACUAAGGGCUUGUUUUUCUUCAGUUUUUAUUUGAAGGUUAAUAUAGGAUGGACUCCCAGAUGGAAAACCCUUGGCUGUCCUACUAUCAGCUCUGCCUUGCACUGUUAUCAACUUUCCUCAUAUCAAAAUAGACAAGUAGUGGGCUCACAACGUUUGACCUCGACUGGUUUUUCUAAGUUAUUUUGUACAUUUCUCAGCAGUGAAACCAAACUGGGUCUUCAGCUUUAUCCCCAUUUCUUGCAAGGGAAGAGCCUUUAUACAAUUGGACACAUUUUGGUUUUUCCUCAUUGAGAAUUUUAACUGUCUUUUUUGUAUUAUUUCUACAGUAAUUUGUAAACAUAUUUAUUUUUACCUUUUUUUUAACUUUUCAGGUCAAAUUUUUAUACUGCACAUAUUUGUCAAAAUAAAGAUUCUCACAUAAUGCUGUUAUCUCUGA